AUGGCAGUCGAUGUAUCGCCCAUGCAACAGCACUCAAAUCCAAACCCUAUGAAGAUCAGUUCGCUGUUGAACCAUCAAGCGACGCCCACGCCGCAAUACGCGCGACACUACUCAAAAGAUCGGUCGCAACGCGCAGAACAUGCCAGUCACCUGCGAAAAAGCCGAAAAUCGAGACCCAUGGUUCAAUUAAAUGGCUGCCCCUCCAAAAGACCAUAUGUGCAAACGACAGGGCUCUCACUCGCCAUUGCCGGACGGACAGGCGUCGAAAACGCCACUACAAGCGCACCCAGCCGGCCCACGCGUCGUAUGAAAUACUCACUUGAGGAAAGCUACUUCAUCUGGCACCAGCGCGUCGUUCUCUGGAAAGAAUGGCAUAGUGUCCUUACAAACUUCAACCACCAGUUUCCGAACCGUCAACGUCUUGGUGAGGACCGCUAUCGCUAUGGAGGAAUUCAAGACAAAUUCUAUCGAUUUAUCAAACUGGAACGCUUGCCGGCUUACUGA